AUGAGACUCAGUGAGAUGUUGUCUUCUCUGAUUCCUCUGCAGCUUCCGUCUCGUAUGGAAACUCACAUUUGGUAUAUAUUACCUAACCAAGUGAAGACUGAAUCUCUACUCAAACACUACUCUCAGCUUCUCUCACCAUCCGAGAAAGAUGAUCUUCUCCGUAUGCGAAGUGAUGAGCUAAGGAAGAAGAAUGCAUUGCUUGCUCGUACCUUGGUCCGGACCACAAUCGCAAGAUAUCAGACAAACAACAGCAACUCUCUGGUCGAUCCAAGAUCCUUGAGAUUCAAGAACAAUUCAUACGGAAAGCCUGAAUUAGAUUUGGAGAAUGAUGAUGACACUACAAACCCGAAACUGCAAUUCAAUAUCUCACACACAGAUUCACUGAUAGCUUGUGGAGUGACAGUAAACGCUCAUGUGGGUAUUGAUGUUGAAGACAAGACAAGGAAGACGAAACAUGAUGUCUUAGCACUCGCAAAGAGAUUCUACUCAUCUCAAGAAGUCAGCUUCUUGUCGACUAUAACAGACACUGAGGCUCAGCGUAAGGAGUUUAUAAAGCUAUGGACUCUCAAAGAAGCUUAUGUGAAAGCCUUAGGCAGAGGCUUCUCUGCUUCACCUUUCAAUACCUUUUCAAUCAUCCAAACAGAAGAAAGCUACAAUCUUUGCCAAGCAGAGGAGAGUGUUGGUGAAUGGAAGUUUAAGCUUCUGGACUUGGCUGCUUCUUCUCAUUAUGCUGCAAUCUGCAUUGAAGAUGAUGGAGUCAGAGUUCCUAUGAAUGUGAUUGUCCACAGAACCAUUCCAUUCGUAGAAGAUGAACUUAUCUCUGAUUGGAGACUGCUCUAG